AUAGUUAUUACAUCUUCAAGAUGAAGCAUUGGUUUUCUGCUGUUUUCUAACCCAGAGUGCACAUUCUGACACCGUGGGUGAGUAAAUUGAUGUCACAGGUGUCCUCUCUCUAUUAUCUGUGUACAGGUGGCUGAGGGGUGUUGGAUUAAUCCCUGUGGUUUAAUAUUGAGACAGACAUGGUUCACCUGAAGGCUGGCGUUUCCUCGUCUGAAAGCUCUUCACAAACUCCCUUGGAGAACACAUCUGAAUUGCACAAUUUCAGAAAGCAUAAUUUAUGUACAGGUCUGAAGAUGAAAAGUCUAUACCCAAGUAUGCAGCGCAGAAACAAGUAAUGUUUAAAAAAUAAUAGACAUAGUGGGCAUGGUAGCCAUGUUUUCAUCACUGUCCUGCAUGAUACGGCAAAAUCCACACAGGGUCCAAUGAGCAAAUAAAACGACUCCCAUUCACUCCAUUACAUGAUAACUGUCAUAUCCCAGCCUUUCUUACACGCUUGCUAUCUAAGGGGGAUACAGAAUACAGCGUUGUCAGGUUGAAAGCAAGAGUGCAUAAUUAUUACCAGGAUGCCAGGUGAAGCAUCAACCGUCCGUUCUCGGGACACCUGUACUGUCCGCACGUUUUCACUCUGCCUGUCGAUCUCGUUAUACUCAGUGUCGCAGUCCAGCGCGCGGACCAUGCACGCUGCUUCUCGAUCAAUGUUAUCAGCAUACCAGCAGCAUGCCUCAUUACCGUUGCGCCGUGCUUCCGGGUGGGAUGUGCCAUAGCGGAGAGGGUUGGAGCCUCUGUGACGCAGCGCACCCCUCGUGCCUCCCCCCUUGAGCUCCACCCCAAAGACGGAGCAACAGUCCGGGGUUGAGCCCUUUGCACUCAUGCGAGACGGGAGCGCUGUAAUGUGUUUUUGGACAUAAAUCACAGCGGAGCUGUCGAGGAGGAUGUUGAGAGCUUCUCGUCAUUCUCGUGUCUCCCCCCGUGUCGGUGCUGUCUUUGUUGACAGGUGAAAUUAGCCGCGAAACGGUUCGAGGUGAAGACGCCGAAACACAGACUCUUAACUGUGAACUAGGAGGCGGAAACAUUUGAUGUACGUCAGCGACAGAGGUAUGGAUACCAUCUGAAAGGUGUGUUGGAUUUUCUUUCGUGUGUAAAUCACCGUUGCUGGAAUACUCCCCCUGAAGAUGUUUGGGGAAAUGCAGCUUGUAUGCAACAUCCAUGCAACUGUCCCACUGCUUUUGUUGGAUUUGAGAAUGGAAAAAGUUCAGUUUUUCUGAUGGAGACGGAGUUACAGUGAUCGUCUGGAACUCGGUGUUUCAGUUUUUCUCUGUUGCAAAUUGUGGAACUAAACGAUUGAAUUCAUCGCGCCUGACAUUCCUGGACUCAUUUUCUGGAGAAGCAGGAAAGGGAAAAGUAGGUCCAGUUUGUUUGGAGUUUUAUAUUUAUUGCUAAUUGUUUUUCACUCCAUACACGCGUGAGUUUCAGAGAGCGGAUACGCCACCGGUCCCCGUCUUUGUCUCAUCAGUUUACCAAGGGUGUCCGUGGGCGCCGACUAGCUGGGCACAGCUGACCAGGCGAUCGGCUCCUCCGUAUGCGCGUGUCCCUGGGGGAGCCCGGUGCCUUGCGCCAGGAUGGGGAUUUCUGCGCCGCACGCACGUGAAGGGGAUGGAGUCCAUUCACGUUUGGAGCGUCCCGCGCUGCGGCGCCCCCUAAUCUAACCCGCGAGGCCCGAGACGAAUGGAUUAUCGGUGUAAAGGGACAGGGAGAGCCCCUCUCCUCUCGCUUUUCCAUGCGGAGGUGCAUACACAGCUCUGACUUCACCGGGGUCUACUGAACGCUAACGCACGCAGACCAGUCUGGAUUGGCCCGGCGAACGUCUCCAUGCUCCCCGUCAUUGUAAGAUGAGGGUAUGGAAGUGGGGUGCCAUCAUCCUGAUGCUCUGCACUGCUGCCCUCUCUGGACUCUUCAGUAGAACUAUGGUCCCCUCAGGCCACCCCCACCACAGACACUUCUGGGGUCCUGCCUCCCAGAAACCCUCAUCAUCUUCGUUACCACCAUCACCGUCGUCAUCACCACCAUCAUCAUCAUCAUUAUCAUCAGUACCAUCAUCGUUGUCAUCACCACCAUCAUCAUCAUCAUCGUUGUUGUCUUCGUCGUCCUCAAACUCAAAUUCCUUUCCGUCCUCUUCCUCCUUGCGAAGCGAGGGGAAGCUCCGGGUUGGGAGGGCUGUGGACGGGUUCCGGUCCCUCCUCACGGAAGUUAAUCACAUGUUCCGGAGCUUUACAGAGGGGGAGCUGAAGCAGGUGAUUGGAACGCUGCUGGACAGGAAGUGGAGGCGGGACAAGGCGAGGCGGACGAAGCGGGAGCGUAAGGGCAGGAAGUUGUGCGGUUUGCAGGAGGUGGAGGUGAGCGUGACGCAGCUGGGGCUGGGUUAUGAGAGCGAGGAGACGGUCGUCUUCAGGUACUGCAGCGGCCGCUGCUCCAAACGCCGCCGGACCUACGACCUGGCGCUGGAGAGCAUCCAAUCAGCCGGCGUCCUGAAAGAGCCCACUCGCCACGUUCCCUGCUGCCGCCCGCUGCACUACGAGGAAGACUUCUCCUUUCUGGGGAACAACAACAAGUACUACACCAUCCAAGAGCUGUCUGCCCAGGACUGUGGCUGCGUAUAGCCCAGACUGCUGCCCCCUGCUGGCACGGAGGAUACAUGAUGGUUUGUGUGAGGACAAAAUAAUUCCAAAAUCUCCAUGAGAAAGCCCGAAGGGUCUUCUGAAACGUUUAUGGUUGCUGUGACCGUGUGACUGGGGGAAAUUUCUGUCUCAAGUUUUCAGACACAUGAGAAAAAAACUGAGGGACACAAUCGAUGUCUUUUGCUGGAUACAUCCAUCCCUUCGUUUCAAACGCUGGAUACUUCCCUCUCAGAGUUUAACUGCGGGAUACUUCCCUCUCAGAGUUUAACUGCGGGAUACUUCCCUCUCAGAGUUUAACUGCGGGAUACUUCCCUCUCAGAGUUUAACUGCGGGAUACUUCCCUCUCAGAGUUUAACUGCGGGAUACUUCCCUCUCAGAGUUUAACUGCGGGAUACUUCCCUCUCAGAGUUUAACUGCGGGAUACUUCCCUCUCAGAGUUUAACUGCGGGAUACUUCCCUCUCAGAGUUUAACUGCAGGAUACUUCCCUCUCAGACUGUUACAGUGUAUGAUACUGAGUAUGUCACAAUCUUUAAAAAAUAUAAUUAUAUCUGUUAUUUUUAUUAAAACAAAAAAGAAGCCAAAAAAUCUCAAUUUUUAUAUGCCAAAUUAUUCGUCUUAUACUUUGAUUGAAGGGUGAAAUUUUAAACUUUUGCUUCAUUCAGCUGUGAUAAAUAAUCUACCUCAUCUUUGGAAUGGAUUGGUUCAAACCCAGGUGAAUAUGAACUCACCCCCCCUCCCUUUUUUAAGCAUCAAC